CCACCCUUUCCCCCCCCCCCAGACCCACGCUGACCCCGAAGGUCAAUACCAGAACCAUGUAGAGCCUGAAGGUCCCUACGCUGACCCCGAAGGGCAAUAUGGAUCCCAUGCGGACCGGGAGUCAUACCAGGCUCAUUUAGAGAGGGACAGACCCUAUGGGGGACGUAUGGAACGCGACGGGCAGUACGUAGAGCAUAUGGACCGUGACGGGCAGUACGGGGCACAUAUGGACCGGGAGAGGCCCUAUAUGGACCGCGAGAAGCCCUAUAUGGACCGCGAGGCCCCAUAUGAAGCGCUGGCUGAAAGGGAAGGAGCGUAUGGAGGCCGUCGGAAGGAGAGGGGAUAUCUGGGACGUAUAGAUGGGCAGUACCAGCCCCAUAUGGACCGGGAUGGGCAAUACCAGCCCCAUAUGGACCGGGACGGGCAGUACCAGCCCCAUAUGGACCGGGACGGGCAGUACCAGCCCCAUAUAGAGAGGGAGGCACAGUAUCAGUCCCAUAUGGACCGCGACGGGCAGUACCAACCCCGUAUGGAACGUGAGGGGUCCUAUCAGCCCCAUAUGGACCGGGACGUGCCCUAUCAGCCCCAUAUGGACCGGGAUGGGCAGUAUCAGCCCCAUAUGGACCGGGAUGUGCCCUAUCAGUCGCAUAUGGACCGCGAGGCGCCCUAUCAGCCCCAUAUGGACCGGGACGCGCCGUUCCACGGCUGCUUGGAGCGGGAUCUCCAGUUCCAGCCCCAUAUGGACCGUGACGGGCACUAUCAGACCCAUAUGGACCGCGAGGCGCCCUAUCAGCCCCAUAUGGACCGGGAGGUGCCGUAUCAACCCCAUAUGGACCGGGAGGCUCCGUAUCAGCCCCAUCUGGACCGGGAGGCAUCUUAUCAACCCCAUAUGGACCGGGACGGUCCGUACACAUCCCACGCGGACCGGGAUGCUCCUUUCCGGGGUCGGGAAGGUCCUUUUGGAUCACGUCCGGAUCGGAACCGCUGCGGCGCCGGCCCUCGGGAUUGGGAUCGAGACUGGGGGGUUCUGAGCCGCAGCUCCAGCCCUGGGGGAGGAGGGCACAGCACCAGCGCCAGCACCAGCCCCGCCACCACCCUGCAGCGCAAUGUGGAUGGUGAAGUCCCAGGCAGCGACGUCCCAAUCCCGGAUAGUCCCACUCAUCCCCCCCCCCCAUAUCGGGGUUUACCUCAACCCACCCCCCAAAAUAUGGGGGGGGGUCCCGGUGUUGGUAUUGGGGGGGGGUCUCCGGGGGUCUCUUGGCCUCGUUUACCCCCCCAACCCGCCAGCGUGGCCUUGAGGAAGCAGGAGGAGGAGGAGGAGAGUAAGAGGCCGAAGGCUUUGAGUGACAGCUACGAGCUCUCCAGCGACCUGCAGGAUAAGAAGGUGGAGAUGCUGGAACGCAAAUACGGCGGCUAUUUCCGUACCCAUCCUAUAUCCCUAUACCCCUAUAACCCUAUAUCCCUAUAACCCUAUAUCCCUAUACCCCU